GGGCACCAGAUAAAAGGGGGACGUCCACUGCUGAGAGCAGGGACCUGCCGCCGCCACCGGGGGACCCAGCGGAGCGCGGGGACCCGGGGCCGGGCCCGGGAGAGCGUGGGGGCCGGUCGCCCGGACCCGCACCGCGGGGCACCUGCAGCGGAGCCCAGCCAGCCGGCGCCUCCCCUCGGGGAUCCCCUGGGCGCCCCCCAGCCGGUGGCCGAGCUCCGUCCUCAGGCUGCCAGCAGCGCAGCGCUCCCUGCGAGGAAAACUGGUUCUCUGGGUUUUUCUGGUUUGCUCUCCGCGCUCCCCUGGACGAUCUAUUUCUGUCUUUUCCUUUGGGAAAAACGCGCUUUGCCAAUGACUAAUCGGGGCCCGUGCGGAGAUGUUAUCAGCUGUCACCUGCACCGCAGCCCCCGAGCCCGAGCCCGCGCCCGCGCCGAAGCCAGGAGCUAGACGGCGGGCGGCUGCAGCCCCGACCUGCCCGCACCACCUGCCUCCCCGGAGCUGCUAGACGCGGGCUGCCGCCUCGGCCACCCCUGUCCCUGCCCCGGGCCUGGCAUGCGGCCAUCCCAGUGACUGCCAGGGGCCCCGUGCAAGGGGCCGACCCAGGUGUCUGAGGAGCCGCGGGCGAGCCCUGGAUGGAGCUUGGCACCCAGACCCCUCAUGUCGAUCCUGCUGACGCUGUGCGCCGUGCUCCUGCCCCUGGUGACUCCGGGCCGAGGUGGCCGGCGGUGGGAGCCCUGCACAGAUCUGCGCCCCCUGGACAUCCUGGCCGAGGCCGUCCCUCCGAAUGGCGCUGAGAGCGGCAUCCGCGUGACACGUGUCCAAGGAGCGCUGGGCCUCCAGCUCUCCAGCCCCCAGGCCAUGAGCUUCCCUGCCUCGAGGAUUUUCGUCAGAUGCAAUCUCUUCCCUGAAGAGUUUUCCAUCAUCGUCACCUUGAAAGCUCCCAGUCUCCCCCCUAAGAAGAACGAGUACCUGUUCACGGUGGUGGCUGAGGGCCCCGACGCGCUGCUGCUGGGCCUGCGGUACUCGCCCACCCGGUUGCACUUCCUCUUCCUCAGCCAGGACGCGGCGGGCGCCUGGCAGACCCGCGUGUCCUUCCGCAGCCCCGCCCUGAUGGACAGCCAGUGGCACACGCUGGUCCUGGCCGUGUCUGAAGACUCCUUCUCCCUCACCACGGACUGCGGCGUCCCCGUGGACAUAACUGCCGAUGUGCCCUUCCCAGCCACCCUAUCGGUGCAAGGAGCCAGGUUCUUCAUCGGCAGCCGGAGGAGGGCCAAAGGCCUGUUCACGGGCCUGGUCAGGCAGCUGGUCCUGCUGCCCGGCUCCGACGCCACUCCCAGGCUGUGUCCCUGCAGGAAUGCGGAGCUCGUGCUGUCCAUCCCCCCAAUCCUGCAGGGUCUCACAGGGAAGCCGGAGGAUAAUGAGGUGCUAAAGUAUCCCUAUGAAACCGACAUGAAGGUGACGCUGGGAUCCCGGCCUCCGUGCACCAAAGUGGAGGAUGCCCAGUUCUGGUUUGACGCCGGGCAGAAGGGGCUGUACCUGUGCGUGGGCAGCGAGUGGGUCUCCGUGCUGGCAGCCAAGGAGAGGCUGGACUAUGUGGAGGAGCACCAGCGCCUCUUCACGCACUCGGAGACGCUGGGCAUCGAGGUCUUCGCCAUCCCCGAGGCCGGGCUCUUCAUCGCCACCGCCAACCGCAAGGCCACGUCCGCCAUCUACAAGUGGACGGACGGGGCGUUCGCCUCGUACCAGAGCAUCCGCACGCACCAGGCGCAGUCCUGGAGGCACUUCACCAUCGGGAAGAAGAUCUUCCUGGCUGUGGCCAACUUUGACCCCAACGAGAAGGGCCAGGAGUUCUCCGUCAUCUACAAGUGGAGCCCGAGAAAGCUGCGGUUCACGCCCUACCAGAGGGUGGCCACCCACAGCGCCCGGGACUGGGAGGCCUUCGAGGUGGCCGGGGAGCACUUCCUGGCCGUGGCCAACCACAGGGAAGGAGACAAUCACAACAUCGACAGCGUCAUCUACAAGUGGAACCCGCGGACGCGCCUGUUCGAGGCCAACCAGACCAUCGCCACGUCCGGCGCCUACGACUGGGAGUUCUUCACGGUGGGGCCCUACUCGUUCUUGGUGGUGGCCAACGCCUUCAACGGCACAUCCACCAAGGUGCACUCCCACCUGUACGUCUGGCUGGUCGGCUCCUUCCAGCUCUUCCAGUCUUUCCUGACAUUUGGUGCCGCGGACUGGGAAGUUUUCCACAUUGGAGACAGGAUCUUUCUCGCUGUUGCCAACAGUCACAGCUACGACGUGGAGGCGCAGGUGCAAAACGACUCCUACGUCAUCAACUCGGUCAUCUACGAGCUCAACGUCACCGCGCAGACAUUCGUCAAGUUCCAGGAGAUCCCGACCUGCAGCGCCCUGGACUGGGAGUUCUUCUCGGUGGGAGAAGAUUACUUCCUGGUGGUUGCCAACUCCUUCGACGGAAACACCUUCUCCGUAAACAGUAUUAUUUACAGGUGGCAGGGGUACGAAGGCUUCGUGGCUGUGCACAGCCUCCCCACCUUCGGCUGCCGGGACUGGGAGACCUUCCGCACCACGGCCGGCUCCUACCUCGUCUACUCCAGCGGCAAGGAGCCCCUCUCCCGGGUGCUGAAGCUCAGGACAGGGUGACGGGCAUGGCCCCCGGGCACAGGACCCACCUCCCGGCACCCGGGGACCCCACUGAGGAGCCCUGGGACCUCUGGGGGGGAUGCACCUCGCUUCCAGAGCCGCUGCCUCGCGGGCCUGGCCCUCCUGGACAGGAGACGUCUGUGCCCUCUCCGGCCGCGGACAGAAUCGUGGACGGCUCCUGGGCGUUCUCCGGACACCAGGCUGCCCUGCGCCCCGGGGUGCCUGCAGGGAAGUCACUUUGCAGGAAAGCUCGUACAGCCGUUUACCUCACAUGCAGAGGCCCGGUCACUUCCCCGGGGCGUCAUCUCGGGGCCUGGCCCUGCUGGCCUGGCCGUCGAGCCCGGGAGACAGGGAACAGGCGGGAUGCCGCCCUCCACGUUCCUACAGCUAUUUAUUGUACGUUGUCCACGCUGAAAUAUAUUUAUGACUCUCUGCACAGA